AGUGACGACGACGACGGUGGAGCGUCUUGACGCCCGUCGGUGGCAGUACACUAUACAGUGCGGCGUCGAAGCGGUGACAAGGGAACCGGUUUUUUUUUCUUCAAAUGUACGUACAUACGUUCGUACGUAGGUCUGUCCGUACGUACGUAUGAUGAUGAGGUACCCAGACCUACAGCCAGCCGCAGCCGCAGCGUGUGUGUCGCUUCUAGUAGUCAUAUCAUGAGAAAACCUCCUGGUCUCUGGUGUUGGGGCGAAAGAGAGCAAUUGUUGACAACGUUCAGGGCAGCUGGUCGUCGGUCCGGCGGUGGUGGAUGUUGUUGAUGAGUAGCAGUGGAAUCGCUGGCGCGGAUGGACGUGUUUCUUCUUUGAAUUCCUCCAUUGAAACGCAUGGUUUGCUGUCGGUUCUAGCGGCGCGGUGCAGAGCGAAGGAGUUUAUUGCGCGUGAACGACGGUGUGUGCGUCCCGAACUGUCCCUUGCCAUCAUCGCCACCAUCAACCGGGGGUUCUACGAUUGGAACCGAUCAGCUCGAGACCACUUUCUGUGACUUUGGAAUGGUUUUUUAUUAGAUCAACUAAAUGGAGUAUGGAAUGAAAUUGACUUCAAUGGUAGAAGGACAGCUCGGCUGACGACGGACGGAUCCCGCGGAGGGAAAGUGAGAGCCGAAUCGGUUUCGGUGGGGCCAGUAACCGGCGGCGAACGGGGAAUGUUUAUAAAUUAAUAUUAAUUCAAUCAACAACAAGCAAGAACGAGUGUGACAAAAAAGCCAGUCGAAGCUAGGGAACAUCACAGCCGGGUUCCGUUCUGAAUGCAAACGGCAAAAUUGGAAGUGUAUGUGGGCCGUCCGCUUGCUCCUAUAGGCCUGUUUGCGCUGCCUGCGCUGGGACAGUUCGGUCACCGAAACGACAACUUUUGAGUCCGAGUUCGAGAAGUGCUCCGUAAUAGUGGAAAUCGCCGCGAGUGAUUCUAAUUGAGGCGUUUGCGCAAACGCAUCAGUCACUAGUGGUGCGCACUGCAGAACGCUCAGAUUAGCUUCAGGCUUUGCUGGGCCAUCCCGUCAGUCGUCGAUUAUUUUAAUGUAAAUUGAAAACUUUUGGCUUCGAAUCGGGUACUGUGGUUUGGUUCGAGUGUACGACUCUAAUUAGCAAAGUGCAUAUGCAGCAAAUCCGAAUGUAACUAUACCGGACCCGAGUGACAGUUGUGAAAAGACCUUGAUUGAAACGUGAUCAGCGAGCGUUGAACCACCGAACACCGUACUUACCACCGGCUGCCGAAGGUUCGGAAUCAGAAAUCAACGAAAGUGCGCGAGCAAACUGAUGUUUUUUGUUGUUGUUGUUGUGUAGUACUUUUUCAUUAAGCUGCGCUUCUGUUGCCGUAGUGCUGUGCUCGCGUAGGAUUGGGAACGGAUGCUGUGGGAGUAGGAUUUAACCGCGCUGCGCUGAAGCAUCGAUAGAUUUGCUCUCCGUCCUCGUGCGCGGUUCGGAGGUUGGCUGACGAGAUAGUGCGCUUUAACAGUGGAAGAGCCGGUUUCAUUAACGACGACAGCCGCAGCAGCGAGUGGCAGCGAGCGAGCAGCAAACCAUCGACGGUAGUGGCGGAACGGUGCCGGGAUGUUUACUGUAAACAAUAGUAAAAAAACCAAUAAUUUUUCAAAUAAACAAAUGAAAAAUAUUCACAAACUACAACAAAGUCGCCGAGAGUGAGCGUUCGCAUCUGGCAUAUGAAGCUUGGCCGAGAUCCGCGCGCGGUGCAUCAGAAGAUAGGUCCAGCGAGAGCGUUGUGUUGUGAGUGAGCUAUUUACGCUGCAAGCCGCAAUACUUUGGUUUAGACUAGUAAAGGCAAGAAGCUUGCUUGCCGAUCGCGAAAAGUGUUCGGAAGAUCCACCGACGGACGGAAGAAGAUUUGUAACAGUAGUGGUGGCUUCAAGUUGGAUUGCAGUUGAAUUGAGUGCGAGAGUGUCACUAGAAAGCCAAGAAGAGUAGAAGAAAAUAAAAGACCGAGUACGAACAUCGCAAGACGACGCGUAAGAAGUGGCGAACUGCAUCUCGCGAAGUGUGGCACAUGCAAGAUCAUUGAUCUAUCGCGGGGCUAAUUUAUUGCGCUGUUUACCGAUUCCGGUGAAGGUGCGCGCUUGUGCGGUUGGCAGAAAGUGUCCGCGUUGCGAAUGUGUGAUGUGGUGACCGGUUUCCGUGCGGCGUUGUCCGUUAAUCGCCGUCGAAGAAUGUGAGUUAUGGUGGCCGGUGACGAUCUAGGAUUUGUGCCAUUAGUGGAGCACAGGAAGAAUAGAAGACAAACGUUAAUCGGGUGCGGUGCGAAUUAAUUGUUGUUCGAGCGAAUCGAGGACAGGUGGAGCCACACGAACAGGAUAUCAACCCAACCGAACUGGAGUGGACCAAAGCGUUACUAAUUCAUACUCAACAAACAACACGAACUGUGCUGAAAUCGCACCCAUCGCAGUAACCCGGUGCUUUGACUGUUGUGCUUUCUGCUUUAACUGUCAGAACAUCGUCGGUGGUAGGUACUUGGGUGUGAAAGCUUACCCAGCGGUGUGCUAUCGCGAAUUGAAAUUCAUUGUUCCCCGCCGUCGAGCACGAGGUGAAUAGGUUGGCCGCACCGGAAGUUGCGACGAAUUAUGGCUACAGGAUCAAAUAACGGGAAAAAAUGUAGUGUGCCAUCAUCGUGCCAGCAGCAGCUGAACAAAAAGAAGUAAGAAGAUAAAGUUUUAAAUGGAAUCGCUUGUCGCUCCGUGAAACUGCACUGAAACGAGCAGGGCUGGGUAUUUAUAAAUAUUUUAUCUUUAUUGAAAUUCUUCCGAGUGAUCCCGGGUCGACGCGCCCCGUAGAUAGUGCAUAGUAGUGUUAAUAGUGGUCGUGGAACAUUGGUUCUUGCACCGAGCAACCGAGUGAGUGAACAAAGAAGCUUCGCGCCCGGUGGCUUACGUAACCGGGAGAAACAACGAGCAAGCCGUCGGAAACAGUCAAAGAUCAAGAUAAUAACAGUGUGCUGGAAGUUUCGGUAAAAAGUUUCGCUUUUAUAGAUAAUAAAAAAGGCUGACCUGCAGAAGAGGUGCAUCGUUAGUGGUGGAAAUGUGCUGCAUAAUGGUGUGUGGUUAGGUGUCGAAUUGAAUUCAUGUACUUGAUCCUAUAAAGGUAGCGACGCUGCUUUAGAAUAAAGGUGCUCCCGAAACCAGAAUCUCCGGUCGGAAGCGGUACAGUAACAGGCUGCGUUAUUCUCCAUUUGCUACAACUAAAGGAUAUAUCACCACUGCAGAAUCUUCGGAGCCUAGUCACUAAGACUUGAUUUGCAGUUGAGAGUCUUCCACCGAGAAGCUGCUUGUGCUGAAUGAGAACCAAGCGCCUCCAUCAUUGCCGAGAAGUUUUCCAUCUACCUUUAGCAACGGCAAAAAUCAUCUCACGGACAAACUUUUAUUGGCUCCCGGCGCAGCAGGAGCAGUUCGAAUGUACCACAAAGCAUCAGGAGGAGGCCACCACCAACAGUGCGGAGUAGAUGUGAAAUUAUUGGCCGACAUUGGAUAUAUUGCUGACCGUCUCCGUAAUCUCGAGCACCGCUGGGAGCUGGCCGAGUUGAAGGACCUCCACAAACGAAUCGUGCUGAGCAUCGAUGAUCCUCCAGUGACUGUGGUUCAUGCAAUUCGAAACGGGCAACUGCGAUCGGUGCAAUCGGAACUUCACGGGCACUCCCAGCUGCAGCAGGAAGUUGAACAAGCGGCGGAAGCGGCACAGAAACUGGAAGCUGCCAAGAAGCUUCGGCGUCUCGAAGCUCAACAGCAGCCGGCUAAUGUAUGUGACGGCAACGAUGAAACCCACGCCAAACUAGUGCAGUUAGAAGACUUUCUCAUCUCAUUCUACCGUAGUUACGCUCAAAUUCAGCGAACCAGUCACAAGUGUAAGAAAGCACGCAAACGAAGCGGCAGUGGGGGAACGAUCGAGAGAAAGGCGUUUCCCUGUCUGCCUCCAACGUCAUCGCAGUCAUUAUCGUCACCGAGUCUGAACGGGGCCAGCAGUCCUCGCAACCAGUGUGAUAGCCAGUGUGCCACGAAAUCCACCAUCACCACUACCACCGCCAGCGCCACCACCACCACCGAAAAACCAAAGUUACAGGAACAAUCAUUCACUACAUCGCAGGUCGAUCGUACUAUGAACCAGGAUCGCGAGACCGAAGAUCCUCACGUAGAAACUGAACAACAACAGCAGCAUCAACAGCAACUAGAACAAGCCAAAUCACCAACCGCAGAAACAGUGACCAACGAGUGCCAACAACAGCAACCCCAAGAGCAACAACAAUUGGAAAGCGCCGACAAUCAAAGUGAUGCCAAACAGCAGGAGGAAGCUCAGGCUGGAACUAGCGGCACCAUUGACAGUAGUACUAACGUUAGCUCUCCGACAACUUCGCAGAAGACGGCACUCAGCACCGUCGCCGACACGGAAGACUCCGUCGCCAAAGACGACGACGAGGACGACACGACGACUGCCACGGGUACGACGGCUACGAUGACGAUCAGCAGUCAGCAAACCGUGGUCAAUGUGAGUGUGGACGCUCUGGAGCGGAAGCGGUCCUCCCUCGAGCAGGGCGGAUCGUCGCUCUCGUCUGCUGCAAGCCCGCGGGGAAGUAGCGGAUUCUGCGGUCCAGCCGACAAUGCGGACAGUACCGAUCCGGACGAGGAAGAAGAAGACGACGAUGAUGAUGAUGGCGGCGGUGGCGAGGGAGCUGUAGAGCCGGGGACCGAUGUUGUGGUGGGGUGUGAUGCCGAGCGCAGGAAGCUGCGCAAGCGAAUCUCGGAGUUGGCAAACAACUUUGCCAGCGCUAAACAGUGGCAGCAGACGUGCGACAACAUUGACUCGAUCAACGAUUCCGAGCUGCGGGCGCUGAUCCGCGAGCUCAAGCGGAAGAUCGAGUUUGCCGAGCGGAUGAACUGGCUGUGUCUAUCGAGUCGACCCCGUGGUCCACCCCACCGGAAAACCAGCCUACCGAAGCAUACGGACGUCAAGAAGCGCUUCCUGGAGAUUGCCGAUACGACCCUGUCGGACGAAGUGAAGGCCGCCCUCCGGCUGCCGGCGUUCGAUUCCUACGAGUGGGAAGACUGGGAUGUGAUCCACCUCAUGCAGACCAUGUUCCUCGAGCUGAAUCUGCUGGAGAAGUUUCAGAUUCCGCGGGAAACGUUGCGUGAGUGGCUGUACGAGGUGUACAAGCACUACAACGACGUCCCGUUUCAUAACUAUCGGCACUGCUUCUGCGUGGCACAAAUGAUGUACGCCAUCACUUGGCACACGAAUCUGGUGCAGAGGUUGGGCGAGCUGGAGGUGCUGAUUCUGCUGGUUUCCUGCAUCUGUCACGAUCUGGACCAUCCCGGGUACAACAACAUCUACCAAAUAAACGCCCGAACCGAGCUGGCACUGAGAUACAAUGACAUUUCCCCCCUGGAGAACCAUCACUGUUCGAUUGCGUUCCGACUGCUGGAGCAUCCCGAUUGUAACAUUUUCCGCAACAUGAACAAGGACUUGUACAAGGACGUCCGUGAGGGUAUCAUUCGCUGCAUUCUGGCUACGGACAUGGCCAGGCACAACGAAAUCCUGACGCAGUUCCAAGAGGCUACUCCAAACUUUGACUAUAACAAUAAGGUUCACACUAAUUUGCUGUGCAUGGUGCUAAUCAAGGUGGCGGACAUUUCGAACGAGGCUCGACCAAUGGACGUUGCUGAGCCCUGGCUGGAUCGGCUGUUGCAGGAGUUCUUCGCCCAAAGUGCCGCCGAGAAGUCGGAGGGACUGCCGGUGACUCCGUUUAUGGAUCCGGAUAAGGUCAGUAAACCGGGCAGUCAGGUUCGCUUCAUAGGACUGGUACUGCUGCCACUGUUCGAGGCACUGGGCGAGCUGCUGCCGGAACUGACUGAUUUGAUUAUUACUCCCGUUCGGGUGGCUUUGGACUAUUACAAGAAACUGAACGACGCCGCCAGCCGGACGCGGCGCUCGAUCGCCGAAGCGGAGCAGCUGUCGGAGAACAGCACCGGCACGACGGGAACCGGCACGGCCGGUACGGGGGGCAGCAGUGCGGGCGGUGGCACCGGAACCGGAUCGGCCAGUUCGCCGCAGCUGCCCCGCUCGCAGAGUGGCAUUAGCAUGAAAUCGAGACGUAGUAUUCCCUCGCAUAAGUCGACCUCUAGAGCAUCUACUGACGAGACUAUCUUAAUUACAGCCGAGCUGCACGAUCUUCCCGAGGGCAGUGAGAGCGGUGACUCGGAGACGGCCACCGAAGUGGAUGUUGCGGAGAAAACGUCCAAGUUCAAGGUGGACACCGAGAGCAGCAAUCGCAAACAGUCGCACCCGAACUCGCGCAAGGGGAGCCGCGAGAAGCGCCCGUCGAUGAUCGGCGAGUACUACACGACAGGUACGCGCAUUCGUGGCUCCCACGGCAACAUUCAGCAUACUAAUCGAACGUAUUUUGGUUCAAAUCGCGCCAUUAGCUUAGACCAGUACAGUAACAACCGCCGGAUGUCCGACGGCAUCCAGAUACAGACGGUCGCGUCCGAUAACAGUGUGUAUUACCACCAGCGGCAGCACCGCAGUCUGGAGCACGAUUCCACCGUCGGAAUGUACUCGUCGUCGGACAAGAGUACCAGUCUGAACAGUAGCAAUGAGCAGCAACCGGUGCUGACGCAGCCGCAGCAUCAGCAGCAUCCGGUAGGACUGGGACCGUUCCAAUCUAGUCAUCAUGCGCAUUUUCAUCAUCAUCAUCAUCACUAUCAGCAGGCGGCGGCUGCGCUGCACCAGCUGAGAACCGUUCAGGACUGUGAGAAUAUGAACAUUAGCGUCCCGACGGCGGCGACGGCGGGCAAACUGUACGCGAGUUUAAAUAACAACAACAAUAACAGUAGUCAGAAUAAUAAGAAUGUUGGCAAGAAGAUGAACUGGAGCCAGCAGCAGAAGCUGGAAAAGAUUCGAAAUGCCAGUAACAAUAAUAACAAUGGAAGUGAAGCGGGAAGAGAUGGAACUGGUGGAUCGUCGGGAAAGGGCGGAAACGGAAGCGUUAAUGGAACCAAUGCGUCAAAAUCAAUCAUAUCAAGACUGAAACAGCUGACGGGACGGUUAAGCUUUAGUUUCGAUUCGAAGGAGUCGAAAAAACUGCAUCUGCUGGCGGCCAGCAGCGGCGAGGAAGGCAAUGAAUCUCAUUCCGACGGGUCGGGUAGAACGGUUUGCGCACAGAGAAAGAACCGACUGUUGGAGAAAUCGAAGACUGUAGACGUUGGCGGAUCGAUUGCGAUAUGCGACAGUGGAAGUGGCGAUGUUGGAGUUGCGGAAUGCUGCUACUCCGGAGGAGUAAUACUGAAUCAACCAAAGUCGAUUUCGCCGAUUCUGAUGCAGCAUCGGAACAGCGACGUCAUCAGUACGAUAAAUACGGCGCGAAACCGGGCGUACAGUUUGGACGUGCCCAUUUCUAGGAAUUGCUGUCGUAGUUUAAGUGGCAGCACUGCUGGUGGGGGCGGUUCAAGCUGCGGUGGAAGCCACAAGAGUUUAACUUUCUCGUUGAACAAAUCGCUCAACGAGGAAGCGAACGAUACAACCAUCAGUUCUGGAGGCGGAAUUCGUCCCCCGCCACUUGACGAUACCACUAAAAGCGCGGCCAGUAUCAGCGAAACCAUUUGACAA